UAUGAAGGGUAGAGUGAAAAUUACCAGCUCGAAUCGGCCUCACAUUCGGCCAAGCAAAAGCAGCUGCCAUCCAACGCUCGAUUGGAACCGGAAUCGAAAUGGUUGUCUGGCCGUGUUGUUUUGUGUCGUAUGCUUUUCCAUACUGAUGUGUCUCGGGUUGGCAGACAUUUUUACCAAGGUGGAUGAAAAUAAAGUCAACUCGACAAUAGUCACUACACCACGGCCAGGAAAAGUGUUUCCCCUGUUAGUUGUGGAUGCUUACGAAGAUGCUGUGAAGUGCAAAAUGAUUUCGCAAUGUUUUUUCGAAUGCUCUGAUGUGCAUGUGAUAAAUAUAUCAGUGGAAGUGCAAGAGUUGGCCAAGGCCUACUCUUGCUCUUCCUUCGGUCUCAACGUGCUAGCCCUGAAGACAUCCGACGACGUCCUGAGAAGAAAUUGGUUACAGCUGGAUGUUGAUCUGGAAGUUGCUUCACUACUGUUGAUUAACUCCAACAUUGCCACGAUCGAACCGGAAUCGUUCGAUGUUGGUUCAAUGUUUGGUAUGACCGUACUCACCCUACAAUCGCUCCAGCUUGAUCAUCUUCCAACGGGAAUUUUCCUGGGUCUCCAGAGCUUGAAGGAGCUGAACCUACUCAAUCUACCUCUACGCCGCAUAGACCCGUACGUACUGAGCCCGAUGAAGUACUCGCUGACGCGACUAAUCAUCGAAAGCAGCCUGGAUUCGAUCGGGCCACAAAAUCUGACCGGAUCGGCAACGCUCCCACGGCUGGAAAUACUUUCACUGGAGUACAACCAUUUCGACGACACGAUUCGGCAGGGCACUUUCGCUAAUCUGCCAUCACUGACGAGCUUGUACCUGCGCAGUUCACACAUUACGUGGUUCGAUGUGGGAGUUUUCCAUAACAUAUGCAGCACGGUGAAGCAGAUACAUCUGAUUGGCAAUAAGCUGACCGUUAUCGAGCCAGGCACGUUCGACUGUUUGCGAGGCACGGAGGCAAAGAUAUAUCUGAAAGAUAAUCCAUGGUUGUGUGACUGUUCGCAGCAGUACCUGCAAGAGCUGCUGCUAAACACUAACCUCGUGCUGGAUCAACCUGUGUGCGAGAGUCCGAUCGAGCUGAAGGGGAUGCUUGUACGAAAUGUGGAGCUUUGCCCAUCACCAACAGUGUCUAUUAUACCUUCUGGCGAGAUAACGACAACUAUGGAGCCUGCUACGACCGAUGCUCCAAGUGAAGUUCAAACAACACCGGAGGAUACGUCAACGAGUGCCAUAACAACGACUACAGAGUCUACGACUAUGGAGGAAACGACGGAGAUGGACACCAGCAGUACUGACGAUGAAAAUUCUUCGCUAGAUGAAACUACUACAACUUUUUUUACCUCUGAUACUUCAGCUGAUACCACGAUCGAUACUACUACAGAAUAUAUCACCGUUUCUACAACAGAUUAUACCACCCCUAUGGAGACAACUUCCACUCCUUUCGAUACGGAUACUACACCAAUAGUAACAGAACCAACUCAACCUACUACUACUACUACUGCUGAACCUUCUACCGAAACUACCACAGAAUUGACAACCCUAAGUACUACUACUGAAAGUACUACAACGGAUAGUACUACUUUGAGCAGUACACUCUCCUUUACCAAUGAGCAAAGUACAUCAUCCGACAGUACCACGAUAUCGGACACUAGCAGUACACCAACAUCGACCCUCCCAAUGUCAACAGCUCCUCCCAACUCUGUACAGCUCCAGUGUGAAAGUACUGCCAAUCCGAUAGCUGCCGAAGUGAUAGCGGAAAAGACAAAGCAUCGGUUGGUGAGAUCCACCGAUUCCAGUACGAUUGGUCUAAAUGUAGCACCUCGCACCAAACUGUUUACCAUCUCCGAAGCGCAGGAAGGUGUCGUGGAGCUUCUCUUCGAUAAAACAACGUACGGUGCGGUGCUCUGGUUCCACGAUACCUCCACACUAGCGUCCGUGUUUUCCACCAACGUUGAGAGUGCCGCUCACUGCCAAACGCUCAGCAGUCAGAAGCUUCGUAUCGUCAACUUGAUACCGGACAAGAACUACAUAUUCUGCGCGUUUAGUCUGCACGAGAUGAUGGUGUCACCGUUCAACUGUUUACCUUACAGGUUGCUGCCAGUGUACGGACAGCGUGCCUGGAUGGUGGAGGAUCAGAAAAUCAUGAUGAUAAGCAUCAUCAUCUCGUCGAUACUGGUGGCACUGCUGACGGGAGUGUUGGUCACAUACUGUUUCUUCAAAAGCAUGUCCCUGUACCAGUCGAACCAUUCCAAAACCUCGGUACUGCCGGUUGAGAACAAUACCGUGAAAAAUACGUACAUGUCACCGAUGCCACCAAAGAAGCCUUUGACACCGGAACGGCCAAACAUCAAGCGAAGCGUGUCAGACACGAGCAUCGAAAGUGGUCGCAGCUACGUGUCCGCCGUUGUGCCCACGACCCAGUUCCAGUACAUAUCCUGGAAGAUGGAGAACCGUUCCCGACCUUCGCUGGAGUUCUAUCCGAACGAGCCGCCACCGCCACCCCUGCCCCCUCAUCCGAGUAAACGUUUGAAGAAACAAAAGUCUGAGAUCAAAAUAAACUUUCCCUCCCAGCAGCAGCAGCAUCAGCAGGGAAUCUACGACGAACCGGCCGGGACGAGCUAUAUGGGACGUAGCGCUGGUACGCUACAUCAGUCACUCCGUAGCAAUCGACACCGGGCGUCCUAUGGUGGUGCGAUCCACUGAGCGUUUCCCCGUGACCACUUACCAAAAAUUGCCU